GAGCGGCUCUUGGUGAUUCUUGGCUACCGAGUGGAAGCCGACAUGGCCGAGUUGCAGUGUCCGCCGCUGAAGCGAUGGAAGGGGAAGCCGGAUGAAAUGACCGGAGCUUACUGGAGGAAAACAAAAGAAGCCAGAAAACAGGCAACAAAACACUUCAAAGAACAGAAAUUUUUGAAGAAGCUUGAGAAACAAAGGGCUGAGCAGCAGAAAGCGGAAAAAGACCAAGAGGAAAAGAAAGAACAGAAAGAGCGGCUGCCUACUGUCAGUGUGGCAUUGCCAGGGUCAGUUCUGGAUAAUGCCCAAACUCCAGAUCUCAGGACGUAUUUGGCUGGACAGAUAGCUCGUGCAUGUACUGUGUUCUGUGUGGAUGAAAUUGUAGUCUUUGAUGAACAAGGAGAAGAUGCAAAAACCGUGGAAGGUGAAUUCCAUGGAAUUGGAAAGAAGGGACAUGCCAGUGUGCAGCUUGCACGGAUUCUGCAGUACCUUGAAUGUCCACAGUACCUAAGGAAAUCUUUCUUUCCAAAACAUCGAGAUCUACAUUUUGUAGGUCUCCUAAAUCCACUGGACAGCCCACACCAUAUGAGAAUUGAUGAAGAUUCAGAAUAUCGGGAGGGAGUGGUUGUUGAUAAGCCUUCUAAGCCUAACAAAGGAUCAUUUGUUAAUUGUGGCAUGAAAAAGGAUGUACAGAUUGACAGAUGUCUUCAAGCUGGCCUCCGUGUAACAGUUCAAUUACUCAAGAAUGAAAAUCCAGAGAGCAAAAUGAUUAAGGGUAGAGUUGUCGCACCUCAUGCUCCUCGGAUGGAGUCUGGUCUUUACUGGGGUUACACAGUUCGACUUGCUUCUUGCCUCAGUGCUGUAUUUACAGAGUGCCCAUUUGAAGAUGGAUACGAUCUUACAAUUGGUACAUCUGAGCGAGGGUCAAAUGUUGACGGCACUACGCUUCCUUCAUUCAGGCACAUGUUGAUAGUGUUUGGUGGUCUUAAGGGACUUGAGGCCAGUGUUGACGCUGACGAAAAUCUCGAGCUUACUGAUCCCAGUGUCCUUUUUCACCACUAUCUCAACACCUGUCCUGGUCAAGGCAGCCGUACCAUCCGCACUGAGGAAGCCAUUCUCAUCACUCUUUCUGCAUUACGACCAAAGAUUGACAAUGCAGUCAGAAGAGCCGAUUCAAGUUGAAUUAAUGGGAACAUUUACAAUAUGGCAUCUUUUACAAUAGCCUUGGAUCGUUGAUUAUCAGCUAUUGCUUGUUCUCCUGGCAGAUAUUGGAGCUUAUUGCUUAUUCUACCAUGUGUUGCCACUUUUAUGUAGGAAUCUGCAGAAUGUUUACCAGUUAUAAGAACUAUUGGUGAAGAUUUUUAAUACAUAUUUUCCAUUUGUAAUGUUCUUGAUCUUCAAGUACUCAAGUACAGUAAUGAUACGGUACACAAAAGACAUGUAUGUGGAACAAGGACUUUUUUUAAUGCUUCUGAUUUUCAGUUGAAAUGUUUGUAAAAUGGUUGCAGAUCAGAAGCAGACUAUGGAUUAUUCUCACUGUUUUGUAAUUUUCGUUGAAUUACCCAAUCUUCCUGUUCUUCCUUCCUGCCAUCUGCUGUAUUGCUCCAGAUCCCUCAAAUAAUCUUAUUGACAAUUUCUAGCUAUUCAUCUCUAUCCAAAGCAUUUGGGCUCAGCUUAGUCGUACAUAGCACAAAUACAUACAAGUCCUUCGGAUCACCAUUGAAAUACUGUCAAGACGCCAAUUAAAUUAAUCAACUUUAUCAGUAUCACAGCAGCCUUCUUUAUUCAGGACUUCAAAUGUGGUGUGCAAAAUUUAAGGGGGCAGUUAAAUUAAUAUUUUUGGUUUUAACAGCAAAGAUAACUGCUUCAUAUGAGUGUGCCUUUGCAAAUUGUGUAUCAGGCCAAUUAAUUCAUCAAAAUAUGGAACUGAACAUAUUAUUUUCUGAAAAAUUGGUUUGUAACUCUAGUGCACUCUAUUUCACAGAAUGUUAGAAUGUGAACAAUUUAUAAUUACUCAUUUCUUUAUGUGUAAAGCUACCAUAAGAGUCUGCUUACUAAUAUUUAUUUAAAUUUCUAGUUUUAUGUGAAACUGCUAUAUAUUUUAAAUUACUGUAAGGUGCACUGAUAUGUGGAUUUUCUAUUGAUUCAUAAAAAUGCAUGUAUAACAUCAAGUUUCCAAUAAAUUGCAAGUAUCCCA